AUGCAGUGGACGCCAGAGCAUGCCCAGUGGCCAGAACAGCACUUUGACAUCACUUCCACCACCCGGUCUCCUGCCCACAAGGUGGAAGCUUACCGUGGACAUCUGCAGCGCACCUAUCAGUAUGCUUGGGCUAACGAUGACAUCUCUGCUCUGACUGCUUCAAAUCUGCUCAAAAAAUAUGCAGAAAAAUAUUCCGGUAUUUUGGAAGGGCCAGUGGACCGGCCCCUCCUGAGUAACUACUCAGAGCCUCCGUCAGGGCUGGUGAAUGGUCGAAAAAGCGAGAGUGAGCCCUGGCAGCCUUCUUUGAACUCUGAGAGUGUUUAUCCUAUGAACUGUGUUCCAGAUGUUAUUAGCGCCAGCAAAGCUGGUGUAAGUACUGCCCUCCCACCAGCAGAUGUCUCGGCUAGCAUUGGGAGUUCACCUGGGGUGGCCAGUAACCUGACAGAACAGAGUUUUUCCAGUAGUACAUGUGGAAGUCAUACAGUCCCUAGUCUGCAUUCAGGGCUCCCAUCUCAGGAAUACGCCACAGGAUACAAUGGAUCUUACUUGCAUACAAGUUACAGUGGCCAGCCAGCACCUGCACUUCCUUCCCCUCAUCCAUCUCCUUUGCAUAGCUCUGGGCUGUUACAGCCACCUCCACCCCCACCACCUCCACCAGCACUAGUACCGGGCUACAACGGGACAACCAACCUUUCCAGUUAUAGUUAUCCAUCUGCAAGUUAUCCCCCUCAAGCUGCUGUUGGACCUGGAUACAGCCCUGGUGGUGCACCUCCUCCUUCAGCAUACCUGCCUUCAGGAAUCCCUGCUCCAACUCCUCUGCCCCCAACCACUGUACCUGGUUACAGCUACCAGAGUCAUGGUUUAACACCCAUUGCGCCCUCUGCCCUGACAAACAGUUCCGCAAGUUCCCUCAAGAGAAAAGCUUUCUAUAUGGCAGGGCAAGGAGAAAUGGACUCCAGUUAUGGAAAUUACAGCUAUGGCCAACAGAGAUCCACACAGAGUCCCAUGUACAGGAUGCCUGACAACAGCAUCUCGAAUGCCAGUAGGGGGAAUGGCUUUGACAGAAGUGCUGAAACGUCCUCCUUAGCAUUUAAGCCAACGAAGCAGAUCAUGUCUUCUGAACAGCAAAGAAAAUUCAGCCAGUCCAGUAGGGCUCUAACGCCCCCUUCCUACAGUACUGCUAAAAAUUCUCUUGGGUCGAGAGCAAGUGAACCUUUUGGGAAGUAUGGCUCUCCAGUAAUGAAUGAACAUGGUGAUGAACAUAGGCAGCUUCUUCCUCACUCAAUGCAAGGCCCAGGACUUCGUGCAGCUACCUCAUCCAACCACUCUGUGGACGAGCAACUGAAGAAUACUGACGCACACCUCAUUGACCUUGUAACCAACGAGAUUAUCAACCAAGGACCUCCUGUGGACUGGAGUGACAUUGCUGGCCUAGAUCUGGUAAAGGCUGUCAUUAAAGAGGAGGUUUUAUGGCCAGUAUUGAGGUCAGAUGCAUUCAAUGGGCUGACUGCUCUACCUCGGAGCAUCCUUUUGUUUGGACCUCGGGGAACGGGCAAAACAUUAAUGGGCAGAUGUAUAGCUAGUCAGCUGGGGGCCACAUUUUUCAAAAUUGCUGGCUCUGGCCUUGUCACAAAGUGGUUAGGGGAAGGGGAAAAGAUUGUUCAUGCCUCUUUCCUCGUGGCAAGGUGUCGCCAGCCCUCGGUGAUUUUUGUUAGUGACAUUGAUGUGCUCCUUUCAUCCCAAGUGAAUGAAGAACACAGUCCAGUAUGUCGGAUGAGAACCGAGUUCCUUAUGCAGCUGGACACUGUUCUAACUUCUGCUGAGGACCAAAUAGUAGUAAUUUGUGCCACCAGUAAACCGGAAGAAAUAGAUGAAUCUCUUCGAAGGUACUUCAUGAAACGACUUUUAAUCCCACUUCCUGACAGCACAGCGAGGCACCAGAUAAUAGUACAACUGCUCUCACAGCACAAUUACUGUCUCAAUGACAAGGAGGUUGCACUGCUUGUCCAACGUACGGAAGGCUUUUCGGGACUGGAUGUUGCUCAUUUGUGUCAGGAAGCGGUAGUAGGCCCACUCCAUGCCAUGCCAGCCACAGACCUUUCAGCCAUUAUGCCCAACCAGUUGAGGCCCGUUACAUAUCAAGACUUUGAAAACGCUUUCUGCAAGAUACAGCCUAGCAUAUCUCAAAAAGAGCUUGACACAUAUGUUGAAUGGAACAAAAUGUUUGGUUGCAGUCAGUGA